GUACUAGUUGCCUAGUUGGUAUAUUCUUUCCUUAUCUUCCUUCCUUUUGCACUUCAAAUCCAGAGUCAUCACCAGUUGAUUCAUCACUCAUCAGCCAUCCACUCUUCUUCCAUAUCAAUUUCUCCUCCACUUUCCACCAUUAAUGGCGUCAACCCCAUUAACUUCUGCUUUUUCCUGCAAUUUCUCAUCCAAUCUAAACUCAACUUCUUCCAUAAUCCGACCAAAACUAUGCACCCCCUUUUCUAUUAACCGCCAUUUUCACACCCUUUAUCCAUAUCCUCCUCAGAGCUUCUUACUUCCCAAAUUCACUGUUAAUGGAAGAUCAAAGCUGGGUUCUUCAUCACGUUUGCUAUCAGUUUCUUGCUCUUACAAUUCCCAAAACGGCAAUCCUCAACCAAAGGGAGGUGGAUUGGACUGGCCAAUUUUGAAGCGUUGGGAUGUGCCUUGGCCAUGGCAAACGGUUUCGCUUACGUCGCUUGCUUGUGGAAUAAGUUUUGUGGUAACAGGUUUGAUAGAGGCUCAAGCAUUGCCAUAUCUUGGAUUUAACUUUGGGGAUUUGACGUUAGAUGAAAAGGCAGAACUACUGUUUCUGGAUCAAGGCAUAACUACAGCAGCUGUUUUAGGAGUCCUUUUCAGUCUUACCAAGUCCUUUCAGCCACUUCCUGAUGACCUCUAUCGAUAUGAUUUGAGAGAACCGUUCAAUCUACAAAAAGGAUGGCUGUUAUGGGCUGGGAUUGGGUUUGCUGGGGCUCUUGGAGCCAUUGCAUUGACAGGAGUAGCUCUGUCCUUCUUUAGUGGUGAGAACCCACAAAGAGAGACUGAUGCUCUGGUUCGCUUGUUGCCAUUGAUUGGAUCGUCAGAAGUUAGCACAGUCUGCUUGUUGGGAGUCACUGGCUUUCUUGCUCCACUGCUUGAAGAAACUGUAUUUAGAGGAUUUUUUAUGGUAGCCAUGACAAAAUGGAUCCCAACCCCGGUAGCUGUGGUAAUUAGUGCUGCUGUAUUUGCACUUGCUCAUUUGACUCCUGGUGAAUUUCCCCAAUUGUUUGUGCUUGGUACUGCUUUGGGAUUAUCAUAUGCUCAAACUCGCAAUUUGCUGACUCCCAUCACCAUUCAUUCGCUCUGGAAUUCUGGUGUUAUCUUGCUCCUUACAUUUCUUCAGCUCCAAGGCUAUGAUAUCAAAGAACUUUUGCAGUCUCAGUAAGGAAAUACAGUAGGGAAACAGGUGUGCAACACCGCUACUUUCACGCCAAUCCUACCUCAAUCUUGGUUACCUGAAUUUCUUAGGUCUUACAUUUCUUUGGUCAUUUGACUUUCGUACUUAGGUGAAGUGCAUGUCUUGUACUUGUGCUUAGUUCUUGCUAUGUUGCGAAUCUAAUUGGCAGCCUACUAUUUUUUCAAGCCAAGACCUGUAAAUGGACAAGUAUAUACUGCUAAUAAGUCAGGUGUACAUGAAAAUUUCAUGUUGGCGGCCUAAUAAGUCAGAUAUUGCCCUAAUUGUACAAUAUUAUUGUUUUAUGAGACGGUGUUUAUGAACUUUGGUCAGAGUUGAUAUUUGA